UCAUGGAGCCUUCUCAGAAAGCUGAAGAGGAUGAACAAUCAAUACAUACGCCGAGAAGUCUUCUGUUGUGAAACUUGUCAUGAGCUCAAAAGCUUCUGGGAGAAAGAAAUUAGCAAACAGACUGGUUACCGGGAACUGGAGGAAGAUCGCCAGGGAAGGAGUGCCCUGAGAAAGCUCAGAGAAGAAUGGAAGCAGAGACUGGAGAAAAGGCUGGGGAUGCUGGACAAUCCUGAUGGGAAGGAAAAGCAGGCAAACACUGUGGGCUGAGAGCUUCCUGCCUCAUCCGCUUCAAAGAUAACAAGCCACCAAGGGCACUUUUCUAAGAGAAAAAACUAGCACCCAAAUUAUGUUGACUUACUAAGCAGGAUACUCUCUAUUUGCUCUCCCAUUUGUGAGGCGAUUUACAUGUGAAACCUCCCCCAGUGCUAAUGGGAGUCUUUAUCCAACUCAAUCCUCCCUGCCGCAGAGGACAGGAUGACCUCCAAAGGGAUAAGAAGCUCGGGUUAUCUAAUAUAAAAAUCUCUUUGAGUUAACAUGAAAUGUAAUUUAUUUCCACAUUUUCUUCUCAUUUAAAAAAUCUUAUUUUAUCCAAGCUUACCAGGGGCAAUGACCUUGUUGGGAAACUGGCUUACCUAGGUCUUCUGGAAAAACAUAGUCAUACAAUCUGUUUUCCUGUUCUCCCUUUUUUGUGAAGACAGAAAUGCUACUGCUUACAGAAAGAAAGCUGUUAUUAUGAAAAGAGUAAUUUUUUAGCAUUAUGGUUUGAAAAUGAACUGAACUAAAUUAU